CGGGUUCCGGGCCGAUUCAAAAGAUCAAUCCGACCGUUGGAGCCUCCGCUCCCUACCCUUAAAAACCGCGUCGUCAACCCAAGGAGAGAGAGAGAGAGACAGCGCCGCCGCCGCCGCCGAACCAGGAUCCUUCGUCUUCUCGUCAUCGAUCCAUGGACCGCCGGCCGCCGCUCGCCGUCUCCCCGCGCCGGCUCCGCCCGCGACCGGGACGCGCCGCCACCGGACGCCCACCCGUCGCGUCCUCCGUCCACCUCACCCCACCAGGGUUGAGCAAGAAAGCGCAGACCCCGAUGCGCUCGUCAUUCUGCGCGCUACCGCCGUCGUCCUACCUUGAGCCCAGCCCCCGCGCCAAGCUGGACUUCAACUGCGCUCCUACGCCGACGAGAGCGGCGGGGAAGGAGAACCUUCACAUCCCCGACGACGACGCGGUGGCUUUCAACCUCUCCGACGCGGGCAUGGAAGACUGGACGGCGACGGUGGAGCCGACCAGUCCGCUGUUCGAGAGGGGCAGGCUCUACGACCUCUACUCAGCCCGGCGCAACGAGCGGCUUAAGCGCAAGCAUGGGUGGUACACUGCCGGCGAGGAGGAGGCUGGGGCGAUGGCCCAGGACCCCUGCGUCGCCGUCGAGCUGUCCAAGCGGCGGGGCGCCAAGAAGACCGGCGCAGAGUCCGUCGUCCGGAGGAGCAUGCCGGCAGCGGAGUUCUCCAUGAGCUACCGUGCCAGCAGCGGCCUGAGCACGACGAGGUCCUCCCUGAGGACCAGCAAGGAGAUGAAGAAGCCCUCUGCGGCAUCGUCCUGCGCCCCACCUGUCAAGCCCUCUGCGGUCAAGGAUAGGAGGUUCAGCACUCGGUCGUCAGUUCACAGGAUCUGAUGAUGAUCCGCUGCUCGAAUUACUGUUCUUGGUUCUUCCGGAAAUGAUGGUUGAGUUGUUGAUAAGCGAUACUACUAGUGUGGAGUUUCGAAUUGGUUUGGGGACAAUAUAGCUGCCUGUUGAUUUGUUAUACUUGUUAUAUCCGCUGCCCAUUCUUCUGAUU